AUGACUCGGGUGGCAGUUGCCUUUCCCUUCGCGGCAGUUGCCUUUUCCUUCGCGGCAGUUGCCUUUUCCUUCGCGGCAGUUGCCUUUUCCUUCGCGACCGUUGCCUUUUCCUUUGCGACGGCGUCGCACGUCUCUUCCUCGCCGCACGUCGUCCUCAUCGUCGCCGACGACCUGGGAUGGAGGGACGUCGGAUUCCACGGAUCGUCUUCGAUCCCCACGCCGAACAUAGACUCACUGGCGUACAGCGGGGUCAUCCUCCACAACUACUACGUGCAACCACUGUGCACGCCGUCGAGGGCUGCCCUCCUCACGGCCCGAUACCCCAUUCACAAUGGUGAAUAUUUUCGCAUGCAGAGCUACGUGAUCACCAACCCGCGCUGCUGGGGCCUGGACCCCCACGAGCGGAUCCUGCCGGAGUUCCUGAACGCGCUGGGCUACGCGAGCCACGCGAACAGGACGAUGAAAGGCUGGGACAUGAGGGAAGACAUGAGGCCAGUCCCGAACGAAACGGCGGGGAGAUACUCCACGACCCUCUUCACCGACAGGGCGGUCGAGGUCAUCCGAGGUCACCGCGGCGAAACCCGGCCGCUAUUCCUCUACGUGGCCCAUUCGGCGCCCCACGUCGGGGGACUCGACGCGGAUCCCCUGCAAGCCCCGGAAGAUCUCGUCGCGCGGUUUUCGUACGUCGAGGACCCCAAGCGCCGCGUCUACGCAGGGAUGCUGACCCUUCUGGACCAGUCCGUGGGGCGGAUCGUGUCGGCGUUGCAGGAGAGCGAGAUGCUGGAGAACUCCGUCCUCGUCUUCACCUCCGACAACGGAGGGGUUGGGGACGUGGAGGGGAGCCGGGGAAACAACUUCCCGCUCAGAGGGAUGAAAGGAACCCUGUUCGAAGCGGGUGUUCGUGCGGUCGGUGCUAUCUGGAGUCCCCUGAUCGAAAAGCCUCAACGGGUGUUCCAGGGACUCAUGCACAUCUCCGACUGGCUCCCUACAAUCUACCACCUGGCAGGAGGGAAUGUAAGUGAUUUGCCGCCGCAACUGGACGGGUUGAACAUGUGGCCCAGUUUGUCGAGGGACGAACCGUCGUUGAGGGGAGAGGUGUUGCUCAACAUCGAUCCCACCACUGGCUCCAAGGCACUCAGGGCCGGAAAAUAUAAGAUCGUCUCAGGGCCUCAGGAGUACUUGAAUGUGGAGUUCAACGGUUGGUACGGAGACCCAGAAAUCCUGCACCUCAACGAAACCACAAAACCCCUCUAUGAAGAAGCCCUGGAGUACCUGGAANCCUCUAUGAAGAAGCCCUGGAGUACCUGGAAGAGAACGAUUUCGCGGGUGCCACCUUGGGUGACCUUGGGUAUUUGCCCUCGAAAGAAAAAAAGGAAUUUCUGCGGAAAGAAGCCGCUGUCACCUGUCUUCUAG